AUGUCGAACAGGAGCGGCAGCUUCGAAGCAUCCAUCGGCGACGACAAGGAAAGACUGCUAUACUACAACGACUCCAUCUCUUCGUCCUCCACUAUACCCACAUACCCACCACCCACGCCUCGCCGAGCAAGCCGCAGUAUUUUCACCCUCCUCUCCCUCUCCCUCACCACCAACAUCUUCCUGGCCUUCCUAUCAAUCUAUCUCCUCCGACACCCCAUCGAGACGGACAAAAGCCAAAUUCUCUACACUCCAGCCCGCGACGCUGUCGAAUACCACGCUAUAACCUUUACCUCCGGCUACCUAGACGACAAAUCGCCCUACCAGUCUAAUGGCACAGUUCCCGACGACGCGCAAGACGCCGCGUGGAGAGACCUCUAUCACGAGCUGAUAUACAGCCGGAUACCGCGGCACCAAGCAGCGCAGUUGACGAAUCGCACGGUGCCGAUACCGGGUGACGAAGGGUACUAUAUCGCAGGCCUAGAUGUAUUCCACCAGUUGCACUGCCUAGACAACAUCCGCAAGUCGCAGUGGCCGCAGCGCUACUCGCCCUCUGAGCAUAUGGGCGGGCAAGGCAUGUCGCUGCUCAGCGCGAAGCACCUCGACCACUGCAUCGACCAGAUCCGGCAGAGCCUCAUGUGCGCGGCCGACGUGAGCACCGGGUGGUUGGAGUGGAACGAGAGGUUUCAGAAGAAUCUUGCGGUUAUGAGUACGACGCAUAGCUGUCGGCGGUUUGAGAAGGUGCGGGAGUGGGCGAGGGAGAGGAAGUUGAGAGUUUGGGAUGCGAGCGUUAGGGUGGAGGAUCCGUUGGAAAGGGAUGGGGGAAUGUGA